AUGCCUCGCUGUUACAUCGUGAAAAAGCAACAUCCUCCAGCGAUGCCGGCGUACCGGAAUCGAACCACGGUGGUAACAGCCACCGGUGGCACCGGCAACCACCAGCAGCCACAGCAGCAGCAACAUCAAACGGCCACGCGACAGGUGCUGGUGGUCAACGGGAAAGCGCUCAAGGAGCAGAGCGAACAGGGCCGUACCGGUGCGAUAAGGUCGGGCGGUAGAAGUGUUGGGUUGGGUGGUGGUGGUAGCAGUGCCUUGGGAAAUGUUAUUGUGAAAAAUGGAAAAGAGCCAACGGGCGGCAACAAUCUCGUGCUGCUGAACAGUGUAAGUGUCAUUAGUGGCGGCCCGGCCGGUAGCGGCGGAGGCGGCGUGCUGGAGGCGAACAAGCACGAGAGCAGCAACGGUGGAAAGGCAGACAGUGUGGGCAGUGUUAGUUUUACGCUGGCGAACGGUACGGGCGGUGGGGCCGGCAUUGUGCAGCGGAAGGACGAUUCGAGUGGCCCGGUCAGUCCGACCGAGGGCUGCGUUGCGCCGAUCUAUUACACCAACAUUUCCGAGAGCAAGAGCGGAUUUACCAUACCGCUCAGCGACUUCCGAACAUUCAAAUGUGGGCCAAACAGCAACAGCAACACCAAUAUAAUCAAUGUGAAGACCAACUCCUCCCGGCAUCUGUCGGUAAGUGCUUCCUCUAGCGCCAGCAGCCACCCGGACGCGAACGCCACCGCUGCACCCGGUCCGAUCGUAACGAUUCGUGCGGCAGCCUCCGGGCACGGUACUGGCACCACCUUCGUCACCAGCGGCCAGCAGCAAGUGCUGCUCGCAUCGAUAGGCGCCAAAUCUGGCCGUAAUAAUCCUAAUUAUGGCAUCGGCAGUAACAAUAAUGGGCCGAACCGGCGCGAUGGCACCGGGGUCGAGCUGCUGGCCAGCCCAACACCGUCACCAUCGAGCGGUGCCACACCGAUCGGGACGACCACGGUGCCGACUUCGACGACGAUGGCGACGCUAAUUUAUGCCGAAGCAACCCCCGUUGCGCCGAUUGUAGCGGCGGCCGCUGCAGCUCAAGUGUCCGAUAAGAGGCAAGAUAAAUCAUCGCUCGUUCCACCGUACCACAGGUCCGUAACGGCGGCUGCAACAACAACAGGUCGACAACAGCCAUCGCUGCUACUGCAAACUCCCGCGCCCGGCACGCAACACACUGCUCAGCAACAGCAUCGUCGGGAGCAGCAACAGUCAAGUACCGCCAUUUUCCAGCCACAGCAAACACCGGCCCCAGCCCCGGCGUGCGAGCCAUCCUCCGGGUACGAUACCACAGCGGCCAUAUUUCGCGAUCGCAGCAUAGAAGAAACGGAAGCCGCACAUGAUUUAUUGUCACUGUCGCAGAGCUUGCCGCCUCUGACUGCGCCCUGCGUUGUUACGAUUCUACAUCCUUCGGGCAGUUCUGCAUCCUCGGACCCGCUGCCACUGGCGGAACCGGCCAGUCCCGCACUGCGCCCCAACACCCUGACCAAUGGAGCACAAAAUCAUCUGCACCAGCCGAACACCGUCGGCCCGGGUGGCAUCAUCAGCAUCGUGGAGGCGGCAUCGGCAGCUAAUUACCAGUGUCCGCCCGGAUCGGGUCCAAUCUCGAUGAUAAUACCCUGCUACGAGCUAACGACAACGAUGUCCACCUCAGCGCACAGCGACGGUGAAAGCGCAACAACGAUAAAAACCAUCUCGCCACCACCGACCGGCCCGCUGACGCCGCCCACGUCCGAGCACUCGUCCGACACGGAAUGCUCCGGCAGCUCCGUUUCGCCCGGCACCUCCUCAUCAUCUUCGUCCUGCUCAUCGUCGAGCGUGUUCUCCUUCGUACACUCAAGUUCCUCGUCAAUCGCUUCCAAACAUUCACCAUCACGCUCAUCAAACUGUACGCCCCCGGCCACGGAGGGCUCCGGUUGCGCACCUACCGCCCGCAGAGCGAGCCGUCGACCACAGCCACCAUCAACCAGCAGCUCCGUCACAUCGGUGAUUGUCAAUGGUUCAACACUUUCGGCCAGCACAACGGCAUCGUCGGCGGGCACUCGCAAGCACAAAUCUUCCACAGCCGCUCCGGGGCAACCUGCGGCCAAAGUUCCCAUACUGUCGAGUUCCAGCACCAAGGUUGUUGUGUCCGUGCCGGGGCAAAAGAUGUCCAGCAGUAAGGCGGCGGAGCUCUACACCUAUGAUGAUCUCAUCUCCAGCGACGGUCGAUCGAAAAACCGUAAGAAGGCUUCCAAGGACACUGUGCAAGCUCAGGCGGCAGCCGGAGCUGUGUCUGCAACAAACUCCUCCAAACCGGGACACUGUCCUCCGGCGGCUCCAAAGGUGGACGGCUCAGAGCAGCCUACCGCCGACUGCGAUUCGGCCGGUGAAUCUUCGAGCGCUCCGAGCGGUGGUUCGAAUGGAAAGGGCAAAUACAAGUGUCCCGAGUGUGGUAAACAGUACGCCACGUCCAGUAAUCUCUCGCGCCACAAGCAAACGCAUCGGAGUCUUGACUCUCAGUCGGCUAAAAAGUGUGUUACCUGCGGCAAGGCGUACGUCUCCAUGCCCGCCCUGGCAAUGCAUCUGCUGACGCACAAGCUAUCGCACAGCUGCGGCGUUUGUGGCAAGUUGUUCUCGCGACCCUGGCUCCUGCAGGGCCAUCUACGGUCACACACGGGUGAAAAACCGUACGGUUGCGGUCACUGCGGUAAGGCGUUUGCCGAUCGGUCCAAUCUGCGGGCGCACAUGCAGACCCACUCCACGGACAAGAACUUCGAGUGCAACCGGUGCCACAAAACGUUCGCGCUCAAGUCGUACCUCAACAAGCAUCUGGAGUCGGCCUGCUACAAAGAUGACGAUCCGAACGGCGGUACGCCCGGGGGGGGUGAGAACUCACCCAUCACGAUGAUCGGUGGACGGAAGAUCUUCCACAGCAGCCAGGACAUCGAUCGGGACGAGUAUGCGAUGCGAAUGGCAAGCGGUAGACAGAACUUUCACAACGAUGACAGCUGCUCGACCACCACGAUCGAUGUGGUUACGGCCGAUCCGGGAGAUGACGACGAUGAAGAAGAUAUCGAUAUCAUAACGACGUAA